AUGAAGAUAUUAAAAGAACAAAUUACGUCAAUAUUAGACUAUUUACAACCACUUUUACCUUUGGCUAAUUUUCAUAUGGUUGAUUAUUUCACGAAAAAUGCAUUUGAACAGUAUGUUCCAGAUAUAAUAAAAGAAGACGUACUGAAAGUUGGAUUUAAAGAAGUUAUUAAUUGUAUUUUUGAAAACGACUAUAAAAAAAUUGAAAAUUUAAAGUUUUAUAGCCAAAAAUCGAAAGAGUUUACAUUGAAAAAUUUAAAUAUAUGUUUAAAAACAGACGAUUUUCAAGAAAAACUUGUUUCGUUAGGUUGUGCCGAACCACUGAGAUUGAAAUUAAAUAUAUUUAUGACAUCAAAAAAGUCUCACGAAGUUGAUAUUCUCAGUUAUGUAGCUGCCGCUAUUCAUAAUGUAUCAGGAACAACCCAUUUAGUCGACAUAGGUGACGGAAAAGGAUACUUGAGCUCUAUAUUGGCUUUACAUCACAAAAUUCCAGUUUUAGGAGUAGACGCAUCAGAAGUUAAUACUAGCAGUGCGGUUUCUAGAGUAAAAAAACUUUCUAGAGUAUGGAAAAGUGUUGUUUCUUCAAGUAAUAACAUUCAAACAGAGAAAAAUAUUCCAGUUUCUGCAAACUUAUACAAACAAGUGACACAAUACGUAACAUCAGAUACAGAUUUUUUAGACCUUAUUUCAAAUGUAUUUUUGGAAAAACCUGUAGAUUUAGGAUUAGUGGGGUUACAUACAUGUGGGAAUUUAGCUCCUACAUCAUUACAAAUAUUUAGCAGUAAUCAAAAUAUAAAAACAAUUUGCAACAUUGGUUGUUGCUAUCAUUUAUUAUCAGAAGAAUUUGAAACACAACAAUAUUUUAGAAACACAAAUAGUGAUUAUGGGUUUCCCAUGAGCAAUUUAUUGAAAGAUCAAAAGAUUACAAUUGGUAGAGCUGGGAGAAUGAUUGCUGCACAAUCAAUGGAGAGGAUUCUUGAUAAAAGGGAAUUACCUAAUGAAAGUAUUUUCUAUAGAGCUCUAUUUGAAAUUAUUCUGGAAAAGUACUAUGAUUUGCCAUCAGAUAAAAGACAAGUUGGAAAAAUGAGGAAAAAAUGUGUAAAUUUUAUAGAUUACACCAAAAAAGCGUUGAAAAGGCUAAAUUUGCCUUUAAAUGUGACAAAUUCGCAGCUUGAAAACUUAUUUGAAGAAUAUAAAGAACGUCAAUAUGAAAUUUACUUUUUCUACUUGCUAAGGAAUAUGUUGGCCCCAACAAUAGAAAGUUUGAUUCUCUUAGAUAGGCUUUUAUAUUUACAAGAAUUGGGAUUUGAAAAUUCUUAUAUUGUGCAAGUAUUUGAUCCUAUAGUGUCUCCAAGAUGCUAUGGUUUGAUAGCAAUUAAAUAA